GUCAUAUGCAGAUACUGGAUUGGGUGUUCAACCAGUGGGUAUGGAUUAGUAUUCUGCAGAUGGCUUUUUGCAUCCCAAACACUGUAUUUUGUGGGAGAAAGAGAGGCCCUUAUAACUUGUUUGGGUGGAAUUUAGGUAACAGAAAGGAUGAUUAUACUUCACAAACCAAGUACCAUGAUCUUGAUCUUCCUUUCUCACUUUCUCUUGUUGACAGAACCUUCUUAAAGGGUAGAGAGCUCAAAUGCUGCUAUAAGGCCAGCAUUGAUGGAUUUAGUGCAGCUGAUUUCCACAAUUUCUGUGAUUUCAAAGGACCUUGCGUGAUAAUUGGGUACACAAACAAGUCCUUCAAAUUUGGUGCAUUUAACCCUGAAGGCUAUAGAAGCACAGAUGAUUAUUAUGACACGUUUGAUGCAUUUCUCUUCUAUUGGACAGACAAUGAAAGAAUUGACCCCAUUGUUCUACCCAAAAUAGGGGGAAGUGGUGCAGCCCUCUUUGAUUAUGCUCGUGGAGGCCCACAAUUUGGGGCCGACGGGCUACUUAUCGGGCCGCCUCUAGCGCCGGUGAUGGGUGGAUUUGCAGGGCCUGACACCAAUUCAGGUAUUGGUGAUCUAAGGCAAGCCAAAUCUAGAUUAGGAUUGUCAUAUGCAAAGAGGGAAGAUGGGAAGGAUUCACUUUUUGGUGACGAGUCCAAGGCUACUCUAGAUGAUGUCCAAGUUUUUUGUAGUCCUCAAAUUGCUAGCUUGUACUAAAAAUGCAAACAAACAAGUUAUACUAAAGUUUCUAUACAUAUAUAUAUAUAUAUAUAUAAUAUUAGAUA